AUUGUUGGAGGUAAUAAAGAAACUAGUAUGAGUACAGAUUGUGGUGGAAGUUUAAUUGCAUCCAAAUGGGUUUUAACAGCGAAACAUUGUUUAAUGCAAGACAAUCUUAAAUUAUUUUCUGACGAAUUCCGAGUAUCCAUUGGUGAACAUAAUUAUCUGAAAGGAGAAAUAAUAAAAGUCACAAAUUUUUUUUUCUAUUCCAAAGCAAAUGUAAAUGAUAACGAUAUAGCCCUUUUAAAACUCGAACACACUCCAAAAAUUGACGCUUCGAUCCCAGUCCAAUAUAAUGAUAACGUCAAUUAUGAAGGUGAAAACGCUACAUUAUAUGGUUGGGGGGUAACAAAUCUGGAUGACCAGGAUGGAAGUUCGUCUGUUGAACAUUUACGAAUGGUUCGUGUAGGUUUAAGUUCACGAAUUAUAGAGGGAUUUGAACAUUUAACUGAGUGGUGUAAAGAUAAGAUUUGUUUUAAAUCAAAGGACAAUCAAAAUAAAGAUAUAGGAUUUGGAGAUAGUGGAGGACCAAUGACGUUAAUGAUUGGUGGAGUAGAAACUCUGGUUGGAGUAGCUCACGGGCAAAGUUCAAUUAAACUAAUUGAUGACCAAAAAAGGGUCAAAAAAUCAGAAAAGAUUAGCUCAUUUGUCCGAACUAGCUAUCAACCUUAUGCUAACUGGAUUAAACGAACGAUAACCAAAUAA